AUGCUUUUCAUUUCAGCAACCUACUGUGAUGAGAGCAUCAUUGCCGCCAUGGGAUUCAGCAGUCGCUUCCAAGCUAAAUCUUCAUUCUACAACCGAGCACGGCUUCUGUUCGAUGCUGACUGGGAGAAAGACCAGCUCACCAUCUUGCAGUCUCUGUUCUUGAUGAGCUUCUGGCGAGGUGGACCAUCCAAUAUCCGUGACGUGCGGUACUGGCUGGGCGUGUCCAUCACCCUAGCCCAAACCUUCGGACUGCACAGAUCUACCCGCUUCACCGCCGGGGACCCCAACAUUUCUGCUCUGCGAAGGAGGAUCUGGUGGUCCAUUUAUGUCCGUGAACGACAGGCAGCAGCUUCUCUGGGCUUGCCCAGUCGCAUCCGGGACGAAGACUGUGACAUCGAAGUCCUCACAACGGCCGAUCUCGCGAGUGAUGUUGACAAUAACUCAGCCACGAAUUUUGGAGCUUUUCGACCGGAGCAAGUUGUCUAUAUUACGAAGAUGGUUGAAAUCGCCCGUCUGCUUGGAAAGAUCAUCGACAUACAUUUUGUCCCAGGCCGAAUCCCUUCACCUCAAGAAAGCGUAGACAGCCUCAAAUCAGCCCUCGAGAGAUGGAGAGAUGGUCUUCCAGUAGACAUGAGAAAUGCCCCAGAACCCGAGCAGACAUCAGUUUGGGUGCAUCUCUUGCACCUGGCUUACAAUCACCUGCGCAUCCUAGUCCACAGGGGAGUAUUCCUGCGGAGUCACGAUAGUUCCGAGAAGCAAGCUGCUAUCAGUGCUGCGUGCCGGAUUAGCAGGAUUGCAGAAGAUAUGUUGGCCCAGAAAACCAUAAGAUUUGGGCAGAUGCAUCUGAUCACAAGCUUGUUCGCGGCUCUUUGCAUCAAUGUGAUUGAAAUCCGGACUGCCGACGACGUGGCAAAAAGGCUUGCCGAGAACAGGGCACAAAUGUGCUUGCUCGGCCUCAAAGAAGUUCAAAAAUACUGGAGCAUAAACAACAUUGUCCUUGAUCUUUUCUUCCAAUACUUGGACAAAUCCACCGCCAGAAGGCUCCACGGAGACCAUACAGAGGCCACUCGAGAUCAAACGAAUGCUACAAUUAGUUCCGACGGGCCCAACUUUGUGGAGACCGCUUCAGCAACUACAACUGACGCUAAUUUACCGGCUACUUCCCUGCAGACUCAGCCCGAGGCGCUCGAAUCUGACCUAUACUUGAACUUCUUCAGCACGAGCUGGGAGGGAAUGGAUAACUCUACACUGGACUUCGGCUUACUUUUUGAUCCAGUUCAACGUCCUGCCGGUACGGUCUAA